AAAAUCACGUACGAUUGAUUGAGUCAAUCAGUCGAAGCCCAUGCGCGCGACAUGUGACCCGCCGUGAGAUAAAGCGGCGCGCUGCUGCGGCGGAAAGACGGGCUGUGCGGGCGCUCGGUGAACGGAACAUGCCUCCUGCUCCAGCAGAUGGUUUGGGCACCAAGCCCCCGGAUGGGGGUUGGGGCUGGAUGGUGGUGUUCGGGGCCCAUAUUUCCAUUGGGUUUGCCUACUCCACAUCCAAAGCCCUUUCCAUUUUCUUCAAGGAUAUUCAGGAAGAACUGCAGGCUGGCUACAGUGAAAUAGCAUGGAUUUCCUCCAUUAUGCUGGCUGUCAUGUAUGCAGGAGGACCGGUGAGCAGCAUGUUGGUCAAUCGUUUUGGAAGCCGACCAAUUGUCAUAAUUGGUGGAGUGAUGUGUGGGGUGUCUAUGGUAGCUGCCUCUUUUGGGAACUCCAUCAUUUAUCUCUACUUUUGCAUUGGCAUCAUUGGAGGUUGUGGACUCGCCUUUAACCUGAAUGCAUCUCUCACCAUCAUCAGUAAAUAUUUCCUGACCAGGCGUCCUUUAGCCAAUGGACUUGCUAUGGCUGGGAGUCCAGUGUUCCUCUGUUUCCUGGCCCCCCUCAACCAAUAUCUGCUUGGCAAAUAUGGCUGGAGAGGAAGUCUGCUUAUCCUGGGGGGUCUGAUGCUCAAUUGCUGCGUUGCUGGAGCCCUCAUGCGACCUGUUCAUAAGCCAGCAUCUUGUGCACUGCAGAAAAAUGUGGAACAGCCAAAAAAGUGCACAUCUAAGAUAAAUCGAAGCUGUGUGAAGAGCACAGGGAAGUUUGUGAAUCUGUCCUUUUUCAAGGAUAGAGGCUUUGUCAUUUACCUAAUAGGAAAUGUCAUGUUCAUUUUUGGUGCGUAUGCACCCAUUGUGUUCUUAUCUACCUAUGCAGUUAGCCAAGGUGUAGAGAAGUACUCUGCAGCCUAUCUGCUCUCUAUUAUGGGGUUUGUUGACAUGUUUGUUCGACCUGGCACUGGCCUGGUAGCCAACAGCAAGUGGAUCAGGCCCAGAAUUCAGUACUUCUUCAGCUUUGCCAUGGUUUUUAAUGGAAUGUGCCACUUACUGUGCCCUCUGAUGAAGAGCUACACCCUCCUGGUGGUCUACGCGGUAUUUUUUGGUGUGGGGUUCGGCAUGGUUUUCGCCUUGAUAUUUGAAUGCCUCAUGGAUCUGAUGGGAAAUCAACGCUUCCCCAGCGCCGUUGGACUCGUCACUAUCAUAGAGUGCUUCCCCAUGCUAGUGGGACCACCUGCUGCAGGGUUACUGGUGGACCUCUUUCAUGACUACAAGUACCUUUUCCUCAUGUGUGGCUCAGUUAUCACAGCUGGUGGGCUCUUUCUCUUCGUCAUGAACAUCUACUACUACCACAUGCUGGAGAAAGAAAAGAGAGCAGAAGACGGAGAGCGUAACCAAAAUAACACAGAGAACCAGGAGCAGGUGAGCAUCUCAGCGGCAGAGAUGGAGCAGCCUGGAUCUGAGGAGGCGGAGAUGAGCACAGCCCAGCAGGACCCAGAGAGCGCAGAAACGAAAUGAAAUGUGAUUGCGUCGUUUAGCUUGAAUGCAGUGGGAUGAUAGGUGUAGCUGCACAAGUUGAUCUCAGUACAGAUUGCUUUGAGCUCGCUCACGCUCAUUUUUAACUCACUGAUUUAUUCAUUCAGUCAGCCAGCAAUUACUUUGACAUUAGAUGAACUGUAAAGUCUUUCACCCAGCAGACAACGCAGAGACUGCGGACAUGCAAACAGGUUGUAUGGCAUUUUGAGCUGAUUGCUAAUAUCGGCGUCCUAACCUGCUUAACACUGUUAAACAUGCAGAUUUCUCACUGGUACAAGUUUGACUAUAUUCACUGUGUUAAUUUAGCAUGUUUACAUUUGCCAUUUAGCAAAAAGUAGAGCAAAGGCUGAUGGAACUGCAUCUUGUUAGAGCACCUUUGUGUUACCAAAAACAUCUUUGCAAUUCAUUCAUGAGCCUGCUGGUUAUACUGUUCUGAAGGCAUGUAACCGAUAAUACAUUAACCUUUGAUUGUACUGAUCAACCUCAUUGCAAAUCAAUAUUGGCUCCUUUACUGUAAUGGAGUGACAUGGGAAACUAAACCUACAAGUUAUUAUUUUGGAGAUGUUUCUCUGGCAUCAUCCCCUUUAUCGGUGGACCUCUCCACCAGCAGCAUUGUGAAGCAGUUCUGCUAAAUUUUGCAGGUGCUUCAUCAAAUUUCAAGCAGAGCUGUUUAUAGCUGAGAGACAUUCUUCUCUCAGGCAGAGUCUGCGAUUCCUUCUAUUGUUGCUGUUCUUUUCAUACUUACAGCACAAAACAUCAGUUCUGUAAUAUCUGCCAUCUUACACGAGCAGGUUUGGAUAGCUUCCACUAGUAUGCAGCUAUCUGCCAGUAAGACCCAUCGUACUAUAACAAAUCCAUGCCAGUGUCCAUGUAUUGAUCUACUAUGUAAAUGUUAUUUAGGCUUUUAGAUGGUUAAUUAGGUCAUGGUGCCAUAAUACAGGUGCUGGUCAUAAAAUUAGAAUAUCACGAUAAAGUUGAUUUAUUUCAGUAAUUCCAUUCAAACAGUGAAACUUGUAUAUUAUAUUCAUUCAUUACA